AUGACGUCGCCCGCCCACAAUGACUUCCGCAGCGACACCUUCACAACCCCAACGCCCUCCAUGCUCGCCGCAAUGAGCUCCGCCACCUUCGGCGACGACGUCUACACCGAAGACCCCACCACCAACGAAUUCCAGGCCGAGGUCGCCCGCCUGACGGGGAUGGAAUCCGCCCUGUUCAUGCUCUCCGGCACAAUGGGCAACCAGAUCGGGGUGCGCAUCCACCUGUCUCAGCCGCCGCACUCGGUGCUCUGCGAUUACAGGGCUCAUGUGUACGCGGAGGAGGGGUCUGGUCUGGCGGUGCUGUCGCAGGCGAAUGUUACGCCUGUGCAUCCACGCAAUGGACUCUAUAUGACCGCUGAGGAUGUGGCGAGGUGGGCGGUUCUCGGGGAGGAUAUACAUACGGCGCCGACGAGGGUGAUUAGUCUUGAGCUGACGAUUGGGGGUGUUUUGACGCCAAUUGAGGAGAUUAAGAAGAUUUCGGAGUUUGCAAGGGCGCAUGGGAUUAAGGUCCAUUGUGAUGGGGCGAGGCUGUGGAAUGCGAGUGCUGCGACCGGGCUGGCGCUGUCGGAGUACUGUCAGUAUUUCGAUAGUGUUUCUAUGUGUGUAUCUAAGGGGCUUGGGGCGCCGGUUGGUGGGGUUCUAGCGACGACAGCCGACGGGAUUAAGAGGGCACGAUGGCUAAGGAAGCAGAUGGGUGGUGGGAUUCGCCAGGCUGGUGUUUUGACUGCUGCGGCGUUGGUUGGGAUACGCGAGAUAUGGCCGACAAUGGCGCAGACGCAUCUGAGGUUGAAAAAGCUGGAGCAGGAUUUGAAGGAGCUGGGGGUUGUUCCUCAGAUUCCAGUCGACACCAACUUCUUUUUCAUUGAUGCAGAGAAGUCGAGACUGGAUAUGGGGGUUUUACUCGAACAGUGCGACAAGGCCGGUAUAAAAUUGAUGGAUGAACGGAUUGCGAUGCACCAUCAGAUCAGUGAACAGGCACUUGAGAGCCUCAAGAAUGCUAUUACUGAGGCUGUGAAGAUUACCAAGUCUCUUCCACCUGGAUAUGUGUCCCAGGUCCAGAAAGGGGGGUAUGGGAGUACUUCGAAGAUGAACGAGUGGAGUUAA